AUGCCGAUAUUGGACGGAAACAAAUAUUGUUUGACCUGCAUCGACCGAUUCACGCGUUGGCCGGAGGCGUUUUCCAUGGAGAACCAGGAGGCAGAAACAGUCGCAAGGACGUUCUACCACGGCUGGAUAAGCAGAUUCGGCGUGCCGUUGAGAAUAACAACCAACCAGGGACGGCAAUUCGAGGCGCACCUCUUCAAGGAGUUGAGCGGAUUGUUAGGAUCUAACCACCUGAGGACGACUGCCUAUCACCCCCAGGCCAACGGCAUGGUAGAACGAUGGCACCGCCAAUUAAAAGCAUCGAUCAAGUGCCAUCAGAAGGACCGGUGGACGGAUGUGCUGCCGACAGUUCUGAUGGGCAUAAGAGCGGCGUGGAAGGACGAUCUACAGGCGACGACGGCCGAGCUGGUGUAUGGAAAAGCGCUCAGACUGCCAGGACAAUUCUUAAAUAAGCAGUCCGGUGAGGAGAGAGACGCCAGCAAUUUUGUGAAGAGUUGCGACGUUCGAGGAGGUCCGGCCAGUCGAAAUCACGCAGUACAGAGAACGACGCCCGUUUGUAUUUAA